UUCCUCUCCCAACCGGCCAUUUCCCCACCCGAAAAAUAUCCCCCAAAUCCCUAGCUAAACCCUCCUCCUCUGAUCCUCUCUGCCCUGUCGCCGCCAUGUCGCUCUCCAAGCCCCUACUCUCCCGCCUCCUCCCUCUACCUCUCCGCCUCCGCUCCCACGUCCGUCUUCUCUGCCUCGCCACCCCCACCCCCACCGACCUCGAGCAGACCCCCGCCGCCGCCGCCGCCGCCGAGCGCCGCCGCCGCAAGCGCCGCCUCCGCGUGGAGCCCCCGCUCUCCCGGGGACCGGCGCCGCAACGCUCCCCGGGGGCGCCCCGCCCGUCCACCUCCAACCCCAACGCCCCCAAGGUCCCGGAGCCCGCGUCGGUGCUCUCGGGGAAGCGCCUAGACCUCCACCGCCGCAUCCUCGCGCUCGUCCGCGAGAACGACCUCGACGAGGCGGCGCUCCUGACGCGCCACUCCAUCUACUCCAACUGCCGCCCCACCGUCUUCACCUGCAACGCCGUCCUCGCCGCUCUGCUCCGCCAGGCGCGCUACGCCGAUCUCCUCUCGCUGCACCGGUUCGUCACCCAGGCCUCCGUCGCGCCUACCGUCGCCACCUACAACCUCCUCCUCCAGGCCUACUGCGACUGCCGCCGCCCCGACACCGCGCUCGAGCACUUCCGCCUCCUCCUCAAGGACGACUCCCCCGUGCUGCCAUCCCCCACCACCUACCGCAUCCUUGCGCGUUCCCUCGCGGAGAACGGCAAGCUCGACCAGGCCCUCGAGCUCAAGGAUGGCAUGCUCGAGCGCGGUCUCGUCGCGCCUGAUCCCCAGGUCUAUGCCUUCAUCAUGGGUGGGUUUGUCAACGCCGAGGACGGUGACAAGGUGGUCUCACUGUAUGAAGAGCUGAAGGAGAAGCUUGGUGGAGGCCCGAUUCUUGACGGCGUGGUGUACGGGAACCUAAUGAAAGGGUACUUCCUCAAGGGUAUGGAGAAGGAGGCCAUGGACUGCUACGCGGAGGUGCUUGGGGAGGGUUCCAAGGUAAGGUUUGGCGCAUCGAGUUACAACAUGGUGCUUGAUGCACUUGGUAGGAACGGGAGGUUGGAGGAUACACUCCAGCUGUUCCAUAGAAUGUGCAGGGAGCAUGACCCGCCCAGGAGGAUUGCUGUAAACCUGGGGAGCUUUAAUGUGAUGGUCAAUGCGUACUGCCACGCUGAGAGGUUCCAUGAUGCAAUUGAGGUGUUUGGGAAAAUGGCUGAGAAGAGGUGUGCGCCGGAUGCACUCUCGUACAAUAAUCUGAUUGACUGGUUGGGGAAGAAUGAACUUGUUGGGGAUGCAGAAGGGUUGUACAAGGAGAUGGGCGAGCGUGGUGUAAACCCUGACGAGUACUCUUAUGUCUUGCUCAUCGAGUCCUGCUUCAAGGUUGAUAGGGUGGACGUCGCGGUUGGUUACUUCAAUAAGAUGUUUGAAGCUGGCCUGAGGCCCAAUGCAAAUGCAUUUAACAAAGUUAUGGGUGGCUUGGUGAAGGUUGAUAGGCUUGAUGAGGCACAGGGUUUCUUUGAUAUGAUGCCUGAAAAGGAGGUUAAGCCAAACAUUGCUAGCUAUGAGUUGCUGUUGGGGGCAUACGUUGAUGCUGCAAGGUUGGAUGAUGCGAUCAAGAUGGCCAAGGGUAUCCUGCUGGAUGAGAGUGUUGUGUUUAGUGAUGAAUUGAAAGCACUUCUGGAGGGAGCCCUAGAGAAGGAGGGGAGAAAUGGGGACAUGGCAAAGUUGUAUGACGAUGUCGACAGGGAGAAAGCGGAGGCAGCUGCAUGUGCAGCUGAAGCGAAGGCCAGAGCAGAGGCUCUUGCUAAAGAAGAAGAGGAGAGGAAGAAGGCUGAGGCAAAGGCCAAGGAAGAAGCUGCUGCCAGGGCCAGCCGAGCUGCUAUUGAGGCAGUGCUGGGUCGCAAGAGGGAAGCAGAAAAAGAGGAAUCAGCUGAUGGAGCGAAUGUUGAGGAGGCGCAGGUUGUUGAAUCCAACAACGACAACAUCAAUGUUGCAGGAGAACAGAAUGAAGGUGAUGACAAGAAAAAGCAAGAGAGCGGUGAAGCCUUGUCGGGGGCCAUAGCUUCGUCAUCUUAGAGGGAUUACUUUUUGGAGAUGAUGGAGCAGUGUAGUUUACUACUUGGGACAUAAUUUAAUGGAUGUAUGAAUGCUGAUACUCAACUGAAGUUUGCUAUGUAUUCGGCUAAUGUUACUUUGAAGAUUUGACCUGCCGGCACCUUCCGCAAUGUAGUUUCAGAUAGCGAUUUCUCAGUUUUUGGUUGAUUUAAGCCUGGAUGGGACUGUAGUAGCAUUGUUUAUUAGCUAUAAAAGAUUUUAUGUAGUCUUUUCUGGCCAUGUUAUACAGGCUGUCGUCUUUUCUGGUCUGUAAGUUUAUUACCACUUAUAUUUUCAUUUUCAUUUUGUUUUUCUGCAAAUUUCCUGCUACAUUUAGUCACGAGUUUGUAAGUGCAUAUCUGUAACGAUUUAGCUUUGGAAGAGUGAUGCUGGAUGGUGCUUUGA